AUGAUUGUCACGGUCAACGAUCGACUCGGGAGCAAGGCGACCGUGCCCUGUCUUCCGUCCGACACGGUCGGGGAUCUGAAGGUUCUGGUUGCGGCGCAGAUCGGACGCGCUCCUCGUGAGAUUCUCCUCAAGAGGCAGGGGGAGAGGCCAUUCAAGGAUUUCAUCACCCUGGGCGACUAUAGUAUUCAGAAUGGUGUGCAGCUCGACCUGGAGAUCGGUACUGGUGAUUAA